AUUGCAUGCCAGUUUAUGGAGAAAAAAAUUUUGACUGAGAAGGUCUAUCCAACUUCGACGGAGCAGCACAAUCUGGCUGUUAGGAUUCUACAGGUUUUUCCAGAACUAGAAAAGUUUCGCGUGGCACCACAUGCUCCUGCCGAGUCUAUAUUUUUUUGGAAAAAUAAUGGUCAAGAUAAAGGUCCACACAGUGGGCUGAUAUUCAACAAAAUAAGAAACACGAUUGCGAAAUUGCCCAGUGAGGAAAAAAAAUACAGGAAAAAAACUCCAACAAAAACUGGUGUUCCGACAGAAAUCGUACGAAUAGCUGAUGAUAUACAACACAUAGACCCAACAUUAGAAAAUAAAAAAAGAAUUAAAGAUGCCAUGGUGGUUUGCUAUCCCCUUUUACAUGCCUUACUGGAAGAGAAGAAAACCAUGCAAGAAAUUUUGGAAGUUUUCCCCCAUUUUACCGAAUUUCGGGGUUACUUGAUACGUCAUGUUUUUUUUUGCAAAACAUCCGGAGGCGCCCAGGCUCGUUGAUUUGCGCGGAACGCUGGCCAAAUGUUUAAUGCGAUCGAAAGAAAAAUUUAGCAUGGUACAGAAUGAUGUUAUUCGUGGCUCUCUCCGGCUAAUGGCUUCCAUGCCAAUAAGGGGGUUAAAAAGAAGAUCAUCCAACGAAUCCCCAGAAAUGGCUUUCGCCAACAAGCUGAUAUAUUGGGUUGCAACAAUCGAAAAUUAUCAGAG